AUACUAUAAUAUCAUGGAUAAAUUUGUAAGAAAGAUAUACCACGAAAUGAGUUUCUGAUUUGAAACAUAACGUCAAGAAACUGUUAUGGAGUGUUUUCCACGACUGGAAUCAAACGCGUUCAACCAUUUAAUCUCAAAACUGAACUAAAGAGAAUGAAAAAAAAUGAUUAACGUCUAAAAUAGUUUGAUUGAGAGCAUCUAUCAACACAAUAAUUAAUGUAAGAAAAGUCAGACCAUCAAAUCAGAUAGACAUAAUGUUAGCAUCCCAAAUUGUGAUAUAUAGAAAGAUUCGAAAUAAUUGAUUUGGUGGCUAUCUAUGUCACCAAAUAUAAAUUAUUUUUUACGUCACAUAUCCGUUUAAAACUCAAGAGUUACACGUGCUUGGACUAUAGUGGUGAAAGGAUGGAUAUCAAGAAGUGAUUCGUGAUACCGUGCGAGUGAAGCCAAAGGAAAAAGUCGGGUGGUGAUUACAUGGUCAGUAAACAAUGAUUUAGAGUCUUGGAAAAUAAACGGACCGACCGUUGGAACAGGAUGAGACCCACGGACCGAAAAAACGGGCAUGGAUGACCCAUUAGCCUUGGGCGGUCGGAGCUUACACAUAACCUUUUCAAUUCCCUUCCUUCAGUCAACGGCAACGCAAAGAACUUAUCAAAGGUUGUCCAACAGAACAACCAAUGGGCCGUAAAAUGUCAGAUGCUCAAUUUUAGAGGCCCAUUAAAGGUGUAGAAGUGUGUUACCUCUUCUUCCUUUUGAGAAAAUAUGGGUUUGGUCAACAAACCCUUUAACCAAUGGUGGCUUAGUGCUUACUGACCAAACCCACAAGUCAAUAGAUCAGUCUUUCUCAGUGAUGGUAGGCUUGUUUCUUCAUUUUCUGCUAACUACUCCGCUUUUCCUCCAAAUGUAGUUAGCUCAGAUAACACAUUGAGAUUAAUCAAAGAAUAAACCAAAUAAAUGGAGUCAUACAAAUUGACCAUUUGCCUCCUUAUAUCCAUCCUCUUCACACACAUACAUAUGCUUAUUUCAUUUCUUAAAGCAAAGUAACAUUUUGAGACUUCCAAGAAAUGGGUAGCUUGUUCGUCUUACUUUCCUUCUUAUUCUUCUUCUUCAAUGGAGAACUUGCAGCUGCAAGCAAGUUUUGGAGCAGACUAGAGAUGGCUGAGAUGAAUGGCUACGGGGAACACAAACUCUCCUCUGUGGUCAUCACCGGUUCUCUUCUUUGCAACACCCCUGUUUCAGGUGCCACUGUUGCCAUUAAAUGUCACACCGGUUUCAAAAAGAGAUCAAACUGGAUAAAAGCUGUUACUGAUGACUUUGGAGAAUUUGUUAUCCAUCUUCCUUCUCAUCUUCACGCAAUUCCUCACUUAGAAAAGGCAUGUUUUGUGAAACCAAUACAUGUGCCUAAACACUACCAUAGAUGCUACAAGGCUUUGUCCAAAUCCAAUCUGCACAAAGGCAUCAAACUUGUCUCGUCCAAAGAUGGUUUCCGUGUCUACACCUCAGGAACGAUCAUGUUACAUGGAUACAGUUCAAGAUCAUCCCAAGCUCGUAAAGCCGACAUGUAAAACAUUAGAUAACUUGUGAAACAAGCAUGUCUUACAUUUUCAUUGUCCUCACUUGUUUAGCUGGCGCUUAAGUCACAAAACUAAGUUUGAGUCUCUCUACAUUGUAAUCAUAUUCACACAAACAUAAACAUAAA